CUCUCACUGAGAAGCAGAACUCUUCUUAGCAAACAGACCAGGCUGUUAAGGUGAUUAACCCGUGGAUUGUCUCAUUGAAGGAGCCAGUUUUUCUGCCUGUGUCAAAAUAUUGGAGAGCUUUGGGAAAUCCAGUAUCACAAAGUAGAUGUGAAGUCACUGAUGGCAAAAUUUGAGAAGGCUAACCGCUCCACAGAGGAUGUUUCUGGUAGCAGUCAACCUGCCAAAGUCCCAGAAGAACCUACCCUUACUGGAUUACAGACAAGGAAGGCAGCACUGGAGAAAUUUGAACGUCAAGGAAAUGCAGCCUUGGCAUCAGGACCGAGUACAUUUCACAAACCUGUUCAUCUUAGGCCUUCUCUGGGUGCCAAGCCUUCAGCUGAUGAUGAAGGAGAAAAGGAUUCAGGCCCCCAAUAUUUGAAACCAGUGGCACAAAAGUUUGGGGUUCAGCUCAAAGCAACUAACAGAGAAAAUGAUGGAAAACCUGGUUGCGCUAAACCCCCUGCAAAAACCAGUGACUUGGAAAAAGAGCCAAAGCAAAAUUAUGGAAAGCUUAGAUGCACUAAACCCCCCACCACAACCAGUGACUUAACCAAAGAAGAACCACAGCAAUAUGAUGGAAAGCCUGGAUGCACUAAAACCCUCACCAAAACCAGUGCAACGACAAAAGAAGAGCCAAGGUCCCUCCUGUAUCCAAAACUUGCAGGAAACAAAUUUCUCAACUCUGCUCCCCAUGAGAAAGAAAAAAAUUAUCUGGGAGCAAAACCAAGCUCAAAUUGUGCACCACAGGAGAGUGAGUCAAAGCCAGCAUCUUCAAAAGUAACUGGACAUACAAAAACAUUGAUGUCCGCAAAGCAAGAAAAUGAGCCUAAGCCUCUCUUCUCCAAACCACCUCUUGCACAGAAACCUUCAAUAAGCCAUGAGGUCUCCCACAAAGAUAAUAAAAAAGUUUUUCUACAAAAAGGACUGUCAAGCGCUAGAACAACCAUGCAUUCAUUUAAAGCAGCAGAGGAAAUGCAUGAAAAUAGUAACAGUGUUGCAGAAGCUGCAGGCAGCCAUUUUUCUAAGAUGGCUCUGAAGCCUGCUGGCCACUGGUCCCAGUCAUCCCAAGGCAUCCCCAAAAAUGCAGAGGAAAAGUCUGAGGAAACGGGAAAGAGACCCGCCAACAUCUUUCGCAACAAAAUCGCACGGGAAGAAUCAGAUUCUUCUUCUAAGAUCUGUAAGACGAACACAGCACUUGCUGCAGGAGUGCUGUCAGGUGGAUCACAAGAGAAAGAGGAUGGGGACAGGAGCUCAGGAACACUCAAGCGGAAAAACUUGCCCCCACUAUUCAAGCUGGGCCAGCCUCCAAAGAAGCCCAGCAGACCACCCAUUGUGGACUUGGAAAAGUUCCAGAAGGUGAUCCAAAGAGACAACCCUGACUCUGAAGGUGUGAAACAGACAGCACCUUCUUCAGCAGGACUUUCACAACCUGUUCACCCACCGCACCCAGCUACACAGUUGCCACCUCCUCCACCAGCCUCUCACCCAUCUCUGCAGUGGCCAGCAGCUCCCAGCCUGCCUCCCAGAAACAUCAAGCCCAGCUCUGAAACAGUAAUUCCAGACAAUGAAGAAAGUUAUGAUGAUGUUGAAUUUGUUUCACAAGGUCAUGGAAAUACGGAGGGGGGCCAAGAAAGUGAGGGAGAGAUGUAUGAAGACAUAAGUGACAUGAGAUCAUCAAGGCGAAAAGAGAAGAAACAGUACAAGGGAGAAAAGAGAAAAACGGACCAUGAGAAGAAGGAGCAAAAAGAGAAAGAAAAGAAAGAGCAGGAAAUAAGGAAGAAGUUCAAAUUAACAGGACCCAUCCAAGUUCUUCAUCAGGCACGAGCUCGUGUUGACUGCAAGGGAGGGAAGAAUGAGUUGACUGUCAAACAGGGGGAUGAAAUUGAAAUAAUUCGCCUCACAGACAACCCAGAAGGAAAGUGGCUGGGCAGGAUAAAAGGAUGUUAUGGAUACAUCAAAACAACUAUAGUGGAGAUUGAUUAUGAUUCUUUAAGAAGAAAGCAACAACCAUCUACCAGAGCUGCUGUGAAACACUCAGAGAGUGACCAAGAAGUGUAUGAUGAUGUUGGAGAGCAAGACAGUAUUACCAGCCAGAGUGGCGGUCAAAGUGGAGAAGGAAAUAAGUUCCCACCUCCUCCUUCUGAUCAAGAAAUUUAUGAUGGGAUUGAUGAUGAAGAUACUGUAACUGGGUCUAUAUCACAGGAUGAAGAGAAGAAUGGUAUCUGGUCCUGGGGAAUCUUGAAGAGGCUAAAGGCCAAAAAUGACACAAAGAAAAGUGUACGAGAAAAAAACACCAAAGUCUAUGGGGCAGAAGAUAAUGGAAAUUUGUUCAUGUCUUCCUCAACAAAGCAGUCUGGAAAAGAGUGUGGAGACAAUGACGUUUAUGAUGAUGUAGAUUCUUCAGACUUCCCUCCUCCAUUGCCUGAACUCAAUACAUCAAAAUCAGCAUGCCUUGGAAAAGUUAAAUCAGAUGAAAGCGAUGCACAAAAGUGUAAAAAUAUGGAAAGAGAAGAGAAAGAGUUCAGAAAAAAGUUUAAAUUUGAAGGUGAAAUUAAAGUUCUUUACUCCACCACCACAGUCCUGAAUUUGACCAAAAGAAGAUGGGGACCAAAAGACCUGCAAGUGAAACCAGGGGAGACUCUUGAAGUUAUAGAAAGUACAGAUGACACCAAGGUCCUGUGCAGGAAUGAAGAAGGAAAAUAUGGCUACGUUCUGAGAAGCAAUUUAGUGGAGAAUGAUGCUGAGAUUUACGAUGACAUCGGUGAUGACUGCAUCUAUGAUAAUGCCUGAUGCAAAAUUUUAUGCAAGUAAGAGCUUCACUGAAGAUCAAAAUCUAUUUCAGACUUCUUAAUAGUGAAAGCGACAAAAGUCAUUAGAGCUGAGUACAAGUUAAUCAGUUGCACUCUUCUAAAUGUAUAAGUAACCAUUUUUAAGAUUUUGGGGUUUGGUCAUCCAGUCCUUUGUAUGAUAUUUGUAUUGCCAUCUAUCUGAGCAAUUAAAACUCAGGGAAUAUGAUUUAAAGUUAAGGUUAUAAUUUUCCAUUUCUUUUCCACAUUUGCAAGAGUCCAUGAAAAGCAGUUCUUCAAUUCGAUAUACCCAGAGGCCAGUUCUUAUCUGUGAAGGAUACACAGCACAACAGAAUCUGGGUACAGGUUUGACUAUGGCUCUGGUGUAUUAAACACCAGAAACUGCCACUCUGGGGAGGUCAGUAUCCUGAAAAGAAAUGCUUACUUUGGUGAUAACAUCCUGUUGUGAAAACAGGAAAUCAAAAGCGGGCAUCAGAGAAGAUAACACAUUGCUGAUCUGCCAUUCCAAUGCAAUAGCAUUAGCUACGCUGACACACACAGCCAUGUACCAUUUCUGCUGAAGUUCCUUUUCCUACAUUUUACUAAUGAUGGAAUGCCAUUUUCUAAAAUUUGACAAUUUUUUAAGUAAUUUUUUACUAAUAGUAAAAGAGUAGCAAUAUUAUCUGGGCUACAUACAGCACUCUGUGAUAUAAACCAUAGAAAAGUCUACUUUAUAUUUUGCUCAAAAUACAUCCAGAACAUUUGGGUUAAGAUUUAAUUUUUGUUUAGUUUGAAGAUAGGCUGCUGUUGUCACUAUAGUAAGUCAGGCGUUAAAAUGGACAUAUGACACACUGGUUUGAAAUAACUUCAAGAUUUAAUAUGCAUGUAUAUUUACCACACCAUUUUGAGAUCUUUUUCUUCCAAGCACUAUAUUUUACACUAGACUUGGCUAACUGAGAGUAUAGAAAUUUCCAUGCUUACCCAUUGUCAAAACAACAUUUAUUUGUUGGUGAUGCUGUAACCUGAAUGAGCAAGCAGCAAAUCAAAGUGAAAUGAACAGAUGAAUCAUAAUAAUAAAUAGAAUAAUUUUGCCCUUAUAUAUUAUAGACAUUUACAGUGAACUCCCACUAAAGUGUGUGAGCAUGUGCAGAAAAUGAAACAUGUAUUUUUAGUGUGUGAUUGUUUUGCUAUUGCAAGAUACAAAAAAAAAACAACAAGCAGUGUGGCUGGAACAGAGCAAGCAACUCUCCUUGAUUAUCAAGUCUCCUAUAAUCCUCGAGGAAAGUAAGGUUCCCUGUGCAAACAAAUGUAAUAUAGCAAGCUCACAAGUUUGGCUUAUGAAAGUAACAAAAUUUUGUCUGUGCCUCAGUGAAGGAGUUUUGGUCUUACCUUCAGUGGAUCUGAGAUUUCGUCUUACACAAGUGCCUUUUAUUGAUGGUUCAAAAAACUGUAAAUCUGUAAGGAGGUAUGGGGAUAUCAAACAUAAAAGUAACUGUAGAGAUAAUAGCCUAUGAAUGCUUUUUUUUUUUUUUUUUUACCAUAUUUAAAAUAACUGAUACUACAUGGAAAAGCUAUAUGCGAACUUGAGUUUCUCGUUCUGUAUUUGCUACUCAACCAACAUCCAGGCAUACAGAUACCAAUUUUUUGUGUAAACAUCAGCACCAGCAUGCAAAUUUAAAACAUUACUUCAUUCAUUAAGUACAAUUAAUACAUCUGGCUAUUUGACUAUGGCAUUGCUGGGGAUUUAUUUGUUUUUCAGGGGAAUUCAAGAGAGUAUUUACAUCAAAUUACUGAUAUGCCAAAGAACUGAGAGAGAACCCAGACAUUUAGAAAUAACAGCCACUUGUCAGUUAACAACAGGAGAAGUAGUUUCAUGCUUUAUACAAUUAAUUGUCUCAAAAAAAAAUUGUGUUAAAUAUUAACAUAUAUACUCAGUCUUGGUUUAGUUUUAACUGAUAUUGGAAGUUCAUGUGGUGCAGUAAGACCAAAAAAGGAGCUUUGCUUUUGAAUAUAGUUUGUCUUAUAUUAAAGGAUUUCAGCAGAACAAAAACCUCUUUUGUCCCCUAAAAAAUAAGUGAAUUUUAUUCUUUGUGAGAUUUUUUGGUCAUAUAUUUUUAAUAGCUUUUCCAUGUCUUUAGCCUUGAUGUGUAGUAGGUACUGUGUUUCCUUUACUGAUUAUACUGACUGAAGUGGUCUUAGGAUAAAUUAAGUCAUAAAAAGAAAAUAAUCUUAAGAUACUUCAAGCUAAAAAUCCAUGUGUUAUUUGCAAAGAUAAAACAGGCUGUUGAAACAUAUUUCUAUGGUCCUACGCACUGGAAAAUUACUAGUAUUGUCUAUCUUUUCAUUAUUUUACUAAUGUUGUUCUCUGGAUUGUUGUUUUUUUUUCUCCUAAAUAAAGAUGUGCUUACUGA